GGGACACACUGAGGGACCCCGGGAGUUGCUUUCCCAAGGGAGAAGCCAUGACCCGGGGCAGGUUUACUCUGGAAUGUUCUCUCGGCAGGUGUUUGGAGGCCCCUGAGCGCAGGAGCCCGAGGGAGGCUGGCCGAGCUCUGGGCUGUGGCUGUGACCCCAGCAGUGUCCCUGGCCAUGGCCCUGGGCUCCCAGCGCUGGCUGGCCAAGGGCAGGGCCUCGCCCAGGCUGGUGCUGCUGGUGGUGUUCGUGGCACUGCUGCUGGACAAUAUCCUGCUCACCGUCGUGGGACAUGUCCCCAGGACACCCCCAGGACAUGUCCCCAGGGCACCCCCAGCCCCAUCCAGGAGCUGUCUGCAGGGUGGGGAGUUCCUGGCCCAGGAGAACACCCGAGUGGGGCUGCUCUUCGCCUCCAAGGCUCUGGUCCAGCUGCUGCUCAACCCCUGGGUGGGUCUGCUGACCAACAGGAUCGGAUACCACAUCCCCAUGUUCCUGGGCUUCACCAUCAUGUUCCUGUCCACAAUCAUGUUUGCUUUCUCGGGCACCUACACCCUGCUCUUCAUCGCCAGAGCCCUCCAAGGCGUCGGCUCCUCCUUCUCGUCGGUGGCAGGCCUGGGGCUGCUGGCCAGUGUGUACCCGGAGGACUCGGCGAGGGGCAGCGCCAUGGGCAUCGCCCUGGGGGGCCUGGCCUUGGGAGUGCUGAUCGGGGCACCCUUUGGGAGCAUCAUGUACGAAUUCGUGGGGAAAGCAUCGCCCUUCCUGGUCCUGGCCUUCCUCGCCCUCUUGGAUGGAGCUCUGCAGCUGUGCAUCCUGCAGCCCUCCCGGAUCUCCCCGGAGAGCACCAAAGCCACCCCGGUGUCCACCCUGCUGCGAGACCCCUACAUCCUGGUGGCUGCAGGAGCCCUGUGUUUCUCCAACAUGGCUGUGGCCAUGCUGGAGCCCACGCUGCCCAUCUGGAUGCUGCAGACCAUGUGCUCCCCGCAGUGGCAGCUCGGGAUGGCGUUCCUGCCUGCCAGCGUCUCCUAUCUCAUUGGCACCAACCUCUUUGGGAUUCUGGCUAACAGGAUGGGCAGGUGGCUGUGCUCCAUGAUUGGAAUGGCUGUGGUGGGAAUCAGCCUCCUCUGUGUCCCCAUGGCCACCAACAUUUAUGGGCUGAUCGGCCCCAACGCUGGCCUGGGCUUUGCCAUAGGAAUGGUGGACUCCUCCAUGAUGCCCAUCAUGGGCUACCUGGUGGACCUGCGCCACACCUCAGCCUACGGCACCGUCUACGCCAUCGCCGACGUGGCCUUCUGCAUGGGCUUUGCUGUCGGUCCCUCCACGGGCGGGGCGAUUGUGCGAGCCCUGGGCUUCCCCUGGCUGAUGGUCAUCGUUGGGGUGCUGAACGUGGCCUACGCCCCGCUCUGCUGGCUCCUGCGCAGCCCCCCGGCCACCGAGGAGAAGAUGGUCAGUCAGGGGCGCUUUCCUGGAGUUUCAUAUCCCAGGGAUUUGAGGGAAUUGGGAAUAAAUUUGCCAGGGGUGGCGCGUUCUGUGUUGGGCUCUAUGCCGCCCGCAAGCACGGACCAAAAAAACUCAGAUAAAAGGAGGAAAGUUUAGAGGGUCCUUCCCUGCACUCACGGGAAAAGUCUGCUUUGGCUUUUCCCGCUGUGAUAACGCUCCUGUUAACUGUUCAAAGUAAUGGUUAUUUUUACUAAAGCACCAUUUCUGCUCUGCUUCACCCAGGCCAUCCUGAGGCAGGAGUGCCCCAUGCAGCCCCAAAGCUGCGCCCCCGGGGAAGCCCAGCGGGAAUUCCCGCCGGUGGAGGCGGAAAACAUGGAAUAACCAGGGCAAGGAAUGCAUUCCCUGCUUUGGAGUCAAUAUUCUGCUUACAGAGCAUGGAUGUGGCCAAUUGAGCCGUGUCAGGCUGAAUUUCCAACCUCUGCUCCAGCCAUCCAUUUAGCGAAGCCGCUGUGGGACGUAACGCUGGAAUCAGGUGGCAGUGAGGAUGUCACUGCAAUGUCACCGCUCCUCUGAGGACACUAAAAACCCUUCAUUUGUGUCUGGCUAUAGUCUGAUGUAUUGUGCUAUGUCUGUGCUACUCCUGCGUCCUUCCCAACAUACAUUAAAUUCAUUUAUUCGUUUGAAGACCUCUCAAGAAA